ACCAUGGAGUCGCCGCCGCCCAAGCGCAACGCCGGCCACGUCGGCGAGGACGGAAUCAGCGCCCUCCCCGACCACCUCCUCCUCGACAUCCUCGAGCGCCUCCACCUGCGCGAGGCGGUCCGCGCCGGCGCGCUCUCCACGCGGUGGCGGCACCUCCCCAGCCACCUCUCGCUCGUGCACCUCGACGCCGGUCACUUCCGCGGCGCCACAUCGCUCCAGGUCAUGGACGCGUUCACGGGCGCGGCGCGGGCCUUGCUCACUCGGGUGCCUCCCGCCGAGGGAGUGUGCGAGAGUGGUGCCCUCAAGGUGCUCGUCCUCAGCUUCUACACGUCUUCCCCUCACCUGACCUCAUUAGCACUUGCAGUAGGCUCAGGCACCUCAGCUUGAGAUUCUGCAGACUGCUUGAUCUGCACUCCACGCUCAAGAUCGAUGUGCCGUGCUCUGAGCUCCAGGAGCUUGAGUUCAUCGGCCUUUUGUGCACACGGAUCGAGCUCGUCUCUGUCCCCAAGCUUAGACAAGUGGAGUGCAAAUGUUGGCUCUUCAAUAACCCUCCAGUGCGCUUUGGCUACGUUCCUGAGCUUCGCGGUUUAGUACUCGCUUCUAAAGCCAAGGCAUGGCAAGAGCCAUUCGCGCUUAGCGAAUGCCUGUCAACGAGUGU